UGAUAACACACCUUUAGCCAAAUGAAACGCCCAUUGAGCAAUGGGGCCGAGGCUUGGGAGGAAGUGCGACUCCCUAUUUCUGCCAUGCUGUACAGCGAUGGAUCCGUAGAACAUCGGCACCAAACCGACGUGGAGUUCUACAUCUCGCCGAACAGCAUCUACAGCACGUGCGAGAUGCAGGACCGACAUCCGCGAGUGGCUCAAUACAAAUUGCUGAAAGCUUUGAGGCUGAUUCAAGUGGGACUGCCUUGUGCAAGAUGGACAUCCCAGGACUUGCUUUCCAUGGCUGAAGCCCGCGGGGUCGACGGUGUGCUCUGUGAUAGCGUUGUGCUGUUGCUGGCACCUGAUAGCCUUGUGGUAGUUGACGAUGACAAGCGAGAAGGCUUGACCCAGCAGCUGAUCUCAGAUAUGUUCAUCAAAAUGAGUUUGAAAGGCUAUUGAUGUGGAGUCGCCUGUUUCACAGCGAUGUGGGCAAAGCAGCUUCCAUCCACCGAAUUCUGUUGAUUCUUUGUUUCUGACUUUGACAAACACAAAAGCUGAUUAUCAGCUGAUCAGCUGAUUCAUCUGAUUCUGUUGAUCUCUCCGAAAGCUUUGUUUUGGAUACCGGUGGUCUCUGCAGGGUCAGAUCCUGGGAUCUUUGCGUCACAGAUGUGGCCAAAGAUGGAUCUUUCGGGGAAAAGGCCUCAGCCAGAGGAUUGACAUUUGAGAAGUCUAAGAAUGGCUAACUAGGCACUAAAAAAGACAUGAAAAAAAC